AUGAAUUUAGAUAUCAAUAGAGAAUUGAACCUGAUAAACAAGGAACUGCGAAAAGAGUAUCGUUCCACCAGAAACCGCAUCCAGUCCAUUCUAUAUGACUCGCAGUUUGUAAUAAAGGUUGCAAACGUGUAUCGUUUCCCAGUGGUAGCGAACGAAAGAUGUGGAUCAUGGUACGUCCCUCCAGAGAAGCUAGUCGAGACGUGCUACUUCAAGUCGACAGACGGUCAUAUCAAUAACUGGGAUUUUAGCACACGACGAUUGAAUUUUCACAUCCUACCAUUGAUAGCACAACAUAAAGGUGUACUGAUUAUAGAUUCUACCAGACGGGGCAAGAAAAUCCCAGACUCUUUGAGCAAAACAAUCCCUAUUUGGUGUGCCGUAUUGAACGCAAUAAGAGACGGAUCUAGUAACGCAGAGCUUUCUACACCUCUCAAAUCUAUUGCACGCUCGGAACAUUUGCGUAUAUGCGAGAAGCUGCCACUGCUAGUUGAAAAAGCACGACGAUUGGACAUCAUCAGCCAACAGCAGCUUAAGAGGCUUUUCGACAAGCCUUUGAAACCUGUCUGGAUUACUCCUCGCUCCAAGCUUCCUUUGGAAUCGCAGAGUUCCGACCAACUACCUUACAUUCCCAUUUACCUAGUGACAGCCAGUUUUCAGUGCCAGGAUGGUACUCUAUCCAUGGACACUUUCCUGUAUGUUCAGGGCGCCGCAGACGACCAUGAACUCUGGUCGAACGGAUUGACACCAAAGCUUCUGUGGAGUCAUUUGGACUAUUUCAGUGAUAGAGAGCGAACCGACGAGGAGCUCAAGGAGUUUAUCCUGUCCAUCAGAUCGAAACAAGCCAGUUCGUCGCAAGUAUUCUCAAACCUUCUCGAAGUAAGACCCAGACUGUUCAAAGCAAAGCUCACAACACAGUGCAUUCAGUCGUUGCCGGAUUACGAUCUCGUUGUGGUGUUGGACGAAAAGGUGAAAAUUGUGUCACGUGAGAAGAACGAAAAGCCAAUACUUUUACAUUUACCCCUGACUUCUGGCUCAAAGAAAUCAGGAAAAGAGCUACGAAACAAGUUACCGGCCGUUAUGAAGGUAAUAGUGCCUGCCUACAUCGCAAAGAAGAGUAUACUGGUUCUAUGCGGAACCGGAUGCGAUCUUUCUGUCGGUGUGAUUUUGUGCCUGCUAUCCGCUGAGACUCAACAUAUUGACAAGUCUGUGAUCAGAAAGCACCUCAUAGAGCUCAUUGCCUUAGACAAAGAGGUCAACCCUAGCCGGGCUACCUUGAACUCUGUAAAUACAUAUUUAAUGUCGUGA